GUUACGACUUUGUUAUGGUAAUUUUAUUCAAAAGAGCUCACAUACUUCAAGAAGCUGCUUGUAUCAACAAGUUUGUCUGAACUCCUGAAUAGUGCUUGCCAUAGCCAGCAGAGACCACAGGAAUUGCUCGAAGUCAAGGCAAAAUGCCCCAAGAAAACUUGGCUGAGACUGAAAAAGUCGGUAAGGAAAUGAUAAAUUAGCUAAAUUUGUUGCCUGUUGGUAUUCUGCAACUCGUAGUCUGUAUUCAAGGGUGUAUACUUAUGUAUACGCUUUUGAAUUGUGUAGUGUAUAACUGUAUAUGUUCAAAUAUGAGAGUUUUUCUAUGAUUAAACUAACUAGAUAAAUCGUCCAUGUUUAGCCCGAGGUUCUGAGUUCUCUUGUGAAAGAGUAACUUUAUGAAAUGGGUCAGAAUGAUUAUGAAAAGGAUGAGUGUUUAUUUAUGCUUCGCUGAACCGGUCUACUGCACACACUGUGGGGCGUUUAUUAAUAUUUGCUCUUGCCAGUAAAACUGUAAGAGUUUAAACAAAAUUUGAUGUAGGCUGCAGGCGAAAACUGACGGAAAUAUAUCUGGCAAAAUUUGCACUGUUGAAAAUCUGUGCUUCACAAACAUUGACAAAAUAAACUCGUGGUGUUUUCCGCAAAACAAAUCAAUUAAGUUAUUUUAUCGUCACAACUACAGAUGAACGAUCAAUAUUAAUGCUCAAAGAGAAGACCUAAGCCUCAAAGCUCGAAGUUCAAAAGCAGUCGAAAAAGCAGUUCACUUUUUCUAUGUGUCUAUGGUCAAUUUGCCGGAUUCCUCGAAUUUGAAUGGUUAAAAUUAAAGUAAUUAACCAUGAUUUAGACCGUCUUCUGACCCAAAGUCAUGCAAAGUGUAACGUAUGUACUAAACCGUGACAAUAGCUGAAAUGUCUUGAUAAAAUUUCACCAUUGCCUAUUACCACUGACUAUGGAAAAAUUCAACCCAUAUCUAUGGUUUACAUUAUCGAAAUUUUAUUGACCAAAGAAGUCCAACCGAAAUGCUUUGUGUAAACAUACAGGAAGCAAUACUCUAGCUUGUGUGGACCAUACCUAAUUUUAGUGUGCAGUGAUAACCAAUUUGUGCAGUGAUAAAAGUAAAAUGUGCAGUGAUAAAAUGUAAAAUGGGCAGUGAUAAAAUUUGCUUUGAUAAGUUGUUAAUUAACACAAGAGAAUGAUUCAAUUGAAUUUGAAAUGAUGACUGCCAAAUUAUCGAAUUAAAUAAGAGUAUAUGUUUUUUGUACGAAAAUCAUGAGAUUCAGGCAAUUUUUAGUUAAUAUCUGGCUUUUGGUAUGUCCGGAAAAAAUUUUUGACCCUUAAAAUGGUACACUGACCAAAAUUUUUUUGGCGACGGGGGGGGGGGAGGAGGUCGCCAAAAAUUUCCGAAUAUUCUGAAAUUUUCUUAGUCAUUCGGAAAUUUUUGGCAUAAAAUGUGCAGUGAUAAAAAAUUCUUAAAAUUAGGUAUGGUGUGGACCCAAAGCACCCUUUUGGCGAAUCAAUCGUUGCCUUUUAUUAAUAGAACUAGCAAAAUCUUUAGUAACAAGAAACGUGUCCCUGAAAGGCUAAAAACGUACAAUUUCCUUGUUUUUGAAGAAAUAGAAAGUACAAGAGGCGUGUAAUCAAACACCACAUGACCCCUGGCCUCUGUUUAUCUUCUUCACUGAUACAUGGGCAGUGUCUCAUUCUGAAGAACAUUCACUGAAACCGUUCUAAAUAACGUUAUUUAGCUCCGAUGGAGUUUGAAGAGAAAGGCGAGAAGACAGAGCUAGUUGGUAUGAUGCGGAAAUUAUAUUAUUAUAGCAUUAGAAGAUAAUAUUCGCCAUUUCCUUGGAUAUUUAGCAUUACUAUAGAAUAUCACGAGGUUGUCUCGUGUAGUUCAAUAUGGAUUUGAAGCGUGCUUUUCUCGAGUUCCCUCGCUUAUUCAAUAGCUCAAUUGCUGGGGGGUCAACUUCAGGGGUAUUGAUACUUUUACGAGCAAUAAAACUAAACUACAUUUCUCAAUUCUAUUUAUUUGCCACCAAAAAAGAAUGAACAUGAUUUCUCAGUUAGUGCGCAGUGCAAUCAACCUUGUUAGGCAAGCUCUGAUUCGCUAUUUGACACGUUUGUACUUGAGAUUCAAGGCUUGUCAUCCCGGAUCAUUUAUCUUAGUCCAUAGUUAAUAUAUUAACUAUGCUUAGUCUUAGACUUUAUAGACUUAGUGAAAACACAAGAUGAUUAGAUGAACUGUCCAACUAUAGCUAGAAUGGCGUGAACUGUUCUGACAGCAGUACGUUCUUGGAGCAAAUCAUGCCUGAUAUCUUCAUAGAGACAGUGCUAUAGAAGAUAUUAUAUUGGUAUUUCAAACAUUCCAUGUUUCUCCUUCGUAUCUUGGCGUGUCGCAUUUGUGGAAUUCGUUGCCAAAUAAUCCAGUAUCAAGUUACAUAUCAACUAACUCGCCUUAACCACUUCGUUGGCUUAGAUUGGGAAGAAACGUCUUUAUAUAUAGAUUUUGUUAUGUACAAGUCACUAUAUCCAUGCCAAUAACCAAAUAUUUUACAUGCGUGAAACCGCAUAUAUGAAUAUUAAAUGAUAUGCAAAUACACUGCACUACGCGCUAUUAAAUUGGCAAGUAAACAUAAAAAAUACAUAGAAUUUGCAUUCGUUCUUUCUGAGCGAAAUUUUCCUUUCUGAAAAUGGCCAACGAUGAAGAAGGUAAGUAUCUAGUUAAUGUUUGUUUUUUGGAUAUAAAUGUUGGGAUAAACUGUACUUUAGCGCUGGCAAACAUUCAUGGCGUAGUGUUUUAAACUGCAACGAUGCAUCGUUGUGCAUUAUUGUACCAAAAUAGUGUAGUUUCUUCACAAAGGAUGGACUCAGUUUGUACAUAUUCGUUAAUAUAUAUAAAGUUUAAAUUCUUCGAAGAAAAAUUUUGAGUUCAUGGGAGUUAAUUUUAAGUAAAUGUGAAAAUAUUCGAACGAAUUGUCGCAAAUCAAAUUUCAAAAAUAUUAUAAUUGCAACAAAAAUUUUGAAGAUGCUGUAUCAAAUAAGUAUUUCUUCAUGAAAUAUAUCAUCCCUUUUGCAUUGAGUUCAUUCAUGUUAUUUUAAAGCUAGGGUACUGAACAAACAUCAGUACAUUAAAGAAUAAUAUUUCGUGCAUGUGCUAAAAAUUUUCAAAACAUAGUUAUUUGACACCUUCUUAAUUUCGUAUUGGCCUCAGUAGUUCUAUGCUAGCAGGGUACAGUAGUUCAAAAACAAUACAUUAAUCAUUUUUAUUUGAGAUUCGUUGAGGAAAUUUUCCAUUAUUUUUUACUGGUCAGGGGGAACUGUUUCAAUGCAAUAAACUUUGAAGCUGUUUUUGGUUAUACGAAACGUUUGAAAUGCUUUCGAAAGUUAUCUUCAAGUCUAAGAGUCUUUCAUCAUUAUCCAAAUUGAAGACAAUUUUUUUAAACUUAUGCUCAGUGGCUGUAUAUAUGCUGGGUACCAGUGGCUGAAUCACCUGAAUGCAUGGACACUGUAUUAUUACUGUACUGUCUGUACAAUGUCAAUGAGUACAUUUUUAAUAGUUUAAAACCAGAGCGGUUUUUUCAAUAUAUCAAAGGUCGAGACCUUUUGAAUUGAGCGCCGUCAAGCACAUCCAAUGCAUGGUAAGGUUCAUUUGAAAGUAAAAUGAUAUUGAAUGUUGGCCAAAGACUAAGUUGAAUUGAAUUGAAGAAGGAAAUUCUUUCUUUUUUAUAAUGAGCAUUAAUUAUUAGCAUCGUUCAGAAAGAUUCCGGUUGUUUUACAAUCGAGGAGGAUUCGCGUUCCUCAAAUUGGGCAUAUUCAUAAGUUUGUAACAUAACCAAGGACAAGGCAUAGCAAUCCUGGACAAAACAUGUGCGACACUACCAUUGCCGGACACUACCAAUUGUUUGACCACUAUGUCUAUGGUUCGACCCAACGUCCGUAGUAUCAUAGAUUAUAGAUUAUACCAGAUGUCUCACUCAGCCAAAAUUGUGUCCGCGAUUUUUUAUGAGCACGAAUUGGCCGCCAUUUUGGCAGUAAGUGUAAUCCACGCCAUGAAACGUGAGCAAUCACGCCUUUUGGCAGUAAGCGCCAUUUUGGCAGUAAGUGUCGCGCGUCAUCUGGCGUGAUAGCCUUGCGAAAAUCGCGGACACGAAAAUCAUAGAGAUAGAUACACAGUGAGACAUCUGGUAUGAUCUAUAAUCUAUGGUAGUAUUGUCGCAAAUUUAGCCCCCCCCCCCCUCCCCCUCCAGAAUACGGUCAAUUUAACGGCCAACAUUGUUUUGGGGUGGAUAACGAGUACCAAGCACAGAUAUCUUACCAAGAUGUUGAAAUUGAAUAAUACUGAAACAACGUCACAAUAGAGUGUCGCUGACGGUUUAAGCCAAGGCUUGUACGUCAUUGCGGAAUGACAAUGCGUACGUGAAUCUAUCAAAAAUAUUUACAUGGAUAUCAUGUGCUACCCUCAACUCACUCUGAUUUAAGUAAAUGAAUAUAAUACAUCCCUGGACAAAUGACAUUCACGACUCAGUAUUUCGACACUCGUGAGUUUGCUUAGAAAAUAUGCAUUUUAUCUACCUGAACUAGAAAAGCGAAACAAGCGUCCCAAAAUUAUUUGGAUCUGCAUAAUUAUAAAAUUCAAAAGUCGGAAGUACACAUGAAGUCUCCCGGAGUGUAUAUAUUAUACCGUCUGAUAGCUGGCAAGUUAGGUUUUUUACUCGGGUCAAAGCUUUCCUUGAGGUAACUUUGAACCGCCAAUUGCCGCUAAAAUGUCUGUGAAUGGAGAUAAAGAACCGGUAUUGCCUUCCUCUGGUUAGUAAUUGAAAUGAAUUGUACGAGAUUUAUGCUUUCGCUUUGGCCUUCGUGUUUACCGCGUUGCUUCGUUGCACAAGUGAUUGCUGGGUUUCACUGUGUGUGAGCUUUGCGAAGCCCAACGCGGCCGAUGGUAGAAAUGUUGACACUGAUAUGAGCAGGAGCAUUAAACUACACCUCUAUUUACCAAUGGCUUGUUGGGAAACCGCUCACCAAUGAGUGAAAAAACUCUAUAAACAAAUGCAACUUUACCGAAGACUACUACAACACAUGAUGAGAAUUGAAAGCACUCAUCUCACUUCGAUAUCUGUCGUCAUCACUUCGAUGUCCACCAACAGGCAUGAAUGGUUUUUUAUCGAGUUCUAGCGGGUAAAAGAGCGAGAUUUAUAAACUUUUAAGUUGUAUGGUUUUCUCUUUCCUUCUAGAUGGCAAAGCUCGGCAUUUCGAUCCCGAUUUCAAAGGACCUGUUAAAGAUAGGUAUGUUUGUAUAUUGCACUUUCGCUUUGAAGUCAGUUGAUGAUGCAUGAACGCACUAACUAUAGACAGGUUCAAAUUUGACUGCCGCUACCUCGGUUCCACUGGUUCAAUACGCAUUUGAUUGGUUAAUCGAGCAGAUCGAACGCGUCUGAUUGGUUAAUGGCAUAGCGAUGGUGGAAGCACAGAAUACAAAUCUAAUAUGACUUAGAAGCUUUCAUUUGCACCUUCAGUUUACGACGUUUACCGACAGUCGGCGUAAGAUUGCACUCCAUUGCACUAAUAGUUUUCUUGGCAUAAAUAUCAUGUAUUUGUUAUUGAUAGUUGGUAAUUGCAUGUAUUUUAAUUGUUUUGAAGGAACUCAUUAGGGAAUAGGUCAAUAGGAUUAGUUGUAACAUAGUCAAUUGUUUCCAUAUGGUCGUAACGGUCGUAAAGAUUGAGUCACGAUCUUUCUCAUCAGCCGAAAUACAACAUUUUAGAACUAAAAAUACGCGGAGUGAUUAUAACUAGAGAAUACUUAUGAUUUAUACGUGGUUUACAGGUAUAAACUGUUCUAAACUGGCGCCGUUGAGAAAGAUCGUCUCUCUAUUUUUACGACCAUAUAAAAACCAGGCUUUAGGAAACUCGAUGCAGACAUCAUUCUCUAUGUUUUUGUCUUGAUUUAUGCAAGAAAUGGUCGGUUCAUCGUCAUGUGUGUAUUGUAUUUUCGCUAGAGCAACCAUAGCUAUGUUUUCAUUUAACCAUUGUGUAAUAUCACGACUGAGUAAUUAAACCAACACGCUGCAGGCUAUUGGUUGGUGGGGCGAAAAAAACACCCACACGUUUAAACGUCGAAUUUCGAUCGCGUCGAAUGCAAUUCAAACAAUAAAUAAUGAAGCUUAAUGAAGUUUAUCAUCUCAUUAUCUAUUGUCUUAAUUGCAUUCGACGCGACCAAAAUUCGACGGAUAAAACAGGCCUUAUACGUUCUUAUUCUAUUGACGAUGUCUAUGGUUCUAAUGAAUGUUAAUUAACUGAAUUACUAGAAACAAUACGCGAAAAUUAAUAGUGUGGACAUGUGCUGCUGCAAACACAAGUUUUAUUAAAUUCUGUUUUAGUUGUUCAGUUUUCUCUGUAUAUGUUUCCUUCGCAGUACCCGUCUGAUUUGUGCUGUUUUAUACGUACAUUGAUUUAUAUGUGGUUUAAUUUCCAUAUGUAUAUUUAAACUUCUUCGAUUCUGGUUUUGUGUAGAUCUUGCACUGAUAUCCCAUGUUGUUUGAUCUUUACAUUAUAUUUGAUUGGGAUGGUUAUUGUGGGGAUAAUUGGUAAGUUCUGGCUAAUAGUGACUGAUAUGGUGGUGUGAUGGUGAAUGGUGAUGAUGAUGGUGAAUGGUGGUGAUGGUGAUGAUGGUAGUGAUGGUGAUGAUGGUAGUGAUGGUGAUGAUGGUAGUGAUGAUGGUGAUGAUGAUGAUGAUGGUGAUGAUGAUGGUGAUGAUGAUGAUGAUGGUGGUGAUGGUGAUGGUGGUGAUGGUGGUGAUGGUGAUGGUAAUGGUGGUGAUGGUGAAUGGUGAUGAUGAUGGUAAUGGUGGUGAUGGUGAAUGGUGAUGAUGAUGGUAAUGGUGGUGAUGGUGAAUGGUGAUAAUGAUGGUGAAUGGUGAUGAUGGUGAUGAUGGUAGUGAUGGUAGUGAUGGUGAUGAUGGUAGUGAUGGUGAUGAUGGUGGUGAUGGUGAUGAUGGUGAUGAUGGUGAUGAUGGUGGUGAUGGUGAAUGGUGAUCAUGGUGGUGAUCAUGGUGGUGGUAGUCAUGAUGGUGUUGAUCAUGGUGGUAAUGAUGGUGUUUGUAUACAUUACCAAACAAUACAGUAAAACCCCGCGUAUAAGAACCUAGAUUUUUUAAGUUAGCCUAAACAGGUUCUUACAUAAAUGGUGCUUAUCAUGAAAUUAGGCUAUAGGUUCUUAUUUUCUAAAGAAAAAGUGACUCGUUAGUUGGUGUAGAAAAAAUUUAUAUAAAUUAUGCCCAUAUGAAGAGAAGAGUUUGUUUUUUUUUAUUUAUAAAUUUUAGUUUGACUAUUAGAAUGAAAAAAAUAAAAUAAGAACCUGUUUGAAAUUUUAGCCUAAAAAGGUUCUUAUAUAAAGUGGGUCUAAAUAAGCAAUUUUAGCCUAACAGGUUCUUAAACGCUAGGCUCUUAUACGCGGGGUUUUACUGUACUCCAAUCUUAGCUACCAUUGUUUUGAAGAUUUUGUUUGAAGAAACAAAAUCUUCAGCCUUAUCUGUAAUUUAUUGCGUUUUUCUCCCAUCAGCUUUCAAAGAGGGUGAUCUGGAUAGACUAAUUUACCCCAAGGAUUCUAAAGGUAUAAUUUUUUCAAACUGAAACCAGUUAGUUGGCACUAACUUAUUUGGUACUCUUAAACAAUAGUCUAUAUUCAACAUUUUAUUUUGAUAUUUUAUAGGCAAUACUUGUGGCAAGGAUUUUGCGUAAGUGUUCAAUAUGCAUAUAAGUUGCAUAUCUACAAAAGAAAAAUUACUAAUAUCCAACUGUUGAUUCUCACUGAAUUAUGUGAUGUCCUUAGCAAAGUUCUGUGUUCCAUUGGCUUCUAUAAACCUUGAUGCUUGUGUUUCUCCAGGGAUAGGAAAUACUUGUUCUUCUUUGACCUGACGCAGUGUGUGAAGAGAACGUCUUUGAAUGAUCUAAGCAGUCUCUCGUGUCCUACACCUCAGGUUUGUAUCGUAUCCUCCUAUAAAUUAAAUUCUUAACCCACACAAGCAGUCAGGGCAUUUUGUAAGAAAUUACAACUACUGGGGCUUAGUCUCAAUGAGGGCCUUUCCCCCUCAGUUUGUACGGGUACAUAAAAAUCACUCUGUGCUCAGGGGCAGCCCCAGCGCUAUUUGAAUAGGGGCAUGGAUGGGUGUAAGUGAAAUAUUGUCUACUAAUUUCUAACGCUAAUUAGUUUCUUUUCAUCCAAUUGGGAUCAGAUAAACUAGUUUCAUAUUAAUCUGACACUGCAAUCGAGCAACGGAAAAUCCGUUGGCUCGAGCGGGAUUUGAACUCGCAUCUUCGGGUAUCUAGACCGCCGCUCUACCUAUUGAGCUAUCGAGUCAACAGGGAUUGGUAGCGAGUCUUAUCCAAUUUAAGUGCACGAAAUAUUUUCGUGACGACUUAACGCUUGUCUAGAAGACGCGCAGUGUUUCAAUUCUAUUUCAGAAGCAUCCUCAAGAGAUACGAAAAACUAGUUUCAUAUUAAUUUUUCGUUGCUCGAUUGCAGUGUCAGAUUAAUAUGAAACUAGUUUUUCGUACCUCUGAGGAUGGUUCGGAAAUGAGAUUAGAUAAUUUGCCGACCACUUGACGAUUGGGGGUGUUCCACACCCACAACCCACUUUUAGCACCGCCCCUGCCUGUGCUGACUUUUAUAAGACGGAAUGUCGAGUAUGAGAAAGCAGGCAGAUGCAGCUUUUUCAACAAGGUUAACCUUUUACUAUAAUUACCAAAAGGGCCCGGUUCAUCUGAAAUCACGCUUCACUACUGGAGCAGGCAAAGGGCUUACUGGGGUAAAUGACCCAGUAGUGAGUAUAUAGUUAAAAAAUGCCCAACAAGCAGUGGAAUGACUUGCUGUGUCUGUUUUAGGUUUGUGUGAAGAAAUGUCCGACGUUCACUGCUCUUACGCCUCAACUUGUGCCUGCUGAUGAACUGAAAAAUGUUGUUUGUUUAGAAGGAGUUACAAAACCCACAGUAAGUGACGAUUUUAUUUGUUUAUUGCUACUUUUAACCAGAUGUAAAUAGUUGUAGAUUUUACACUGUAGAGUUACAAAUUUGUAGUGGUUUUAAAACUUAACAGUUACCGGACGCGAUUCGACAACGCAGCGCGAUUUUUCGAUUUUCACUGACCGAUAACUUUGAUCCUGUUUUUAAAGUUUUUCAAAUAUUUAGAAGCGCCAUAACAUUUUAAGUUAUUUGGUCUACAGGCAUGUUCUUUUAAAAUUUCCUUUCUUUGAAUGUUAUACUAACUUUCAAAAACUGAAAUAUUGAAGAACAUUGCUGGAAUUUAGUCCUAAAAUUGCUUCAUUGCUUCAUUUAGUCCUAAAAUUACACGCUUUUGUUACAUCGAAGCUAGACUACUGCAACUCUCUUCUCUUUGGCUUAUCGAAGUACCAAAUGAAGAGGUUACAGUAUGUUCAAAAUACAGCCGCUAGAAUUGUUUGUCGGAUUGAUAAAUGUGAACAUAUCACUCCAAUUUUAGUGGAUCUGCAUUGGUUGCCAGUACAUUACCGCAUAGUUUUUAAAAUUUUAUUGUUAGUUUAUAAAACAAUUAAUGGCAUGAGUCCUAGGUAUCUGUCUGAUCUACUACAGUUUCGUAAAUCCUCUACAUCACUACGAUCUGUAUUGAAUGAACUCUUAAGUCAACCGAGGACUAUUACGAAGACAUAUGGUGAUAAAGCUUUUUCCGUUUGUGCACCUAAACGUUGGAAUAUUUUACCAAUGGAUAUUCGCAAGUCAUCUAGUGUUUACGCUUUUAAGAAGUCAGUUAAAACUUCUCUUUUUUCAAAAUUUCUUAGUUGCAAAUCUUUAUUCAUGUAGAUAACUUUAGGUACCUUACUUUAUUUGUAUACAGUUGUUUUAUUCUUAAAUCAUGUAAAGCGCCUUGAACAGCUUUGGAUUUGUGCGCUAUAUAAAUAAAGUUUAUUAUUAUUAUUAUUAUUAUUAUUAUUAUUAUUAUUAUUAUUAUUAUUAUUAUUAUUAUUAUUAUUAUUAUUAUUAUUAUUAUUAUUAUUAUUUAAACGAAUGCAAAUUACUUGUUGAUCUUCCUGGAUUUGAAAGCCCCUCGAUUAUUACGGGUGAUGAAUACCGUCCUGAUUUACUUGUCUCCACUUCAGACAAACACCUCUACGUUGUUGAACUUACCGUAGGCUUUGAAUCAAACCUCACAAACAAUGUUAACCGCAAGAAAGCUAAAUAUAAGAACCUAAUUAGAGAACUAGAUCAAAACUUUACAUCUGUUAAAUUUAUAAAUCUUUCAGUCAGUUCGCUAGGGGUGUUUGACAAAGAAUGCCAUACAUUUGUAAAAAUGCUAAAUGAGUUAGGACUGGAUAAUCAACACCAACAAUACUGUAUCAGAAAAAUGAUAUCUAUUGCCAUCCGAUCAACGUACUACAUAUUUUGCUGUAGAAAUAAAGAAUGGACAAAUUCCGAACUAAUGAACAUUUAAAGUAACUAUUUCUAUAAAUAAUUAAAAUUUUUUGUAUAUAAAACUAUAACCAUGUAUAAGUGAUUCAAGUAGUCAAUUGUAGGUUACCUCAAGAAGUGAGAUUUACAAUUGUAUAUAUCUAUAAAUGUUCUAUUAAUAAAGUUUUCAUCAUUAUUAUUAUUAUUAUUAUUAUUAUUAUUAUUAUUAUUAUUAUUAUUAUUAUUAUUAUUAUUAUUAUUAUUAUUAUUAUUAUUAUUAUUAUUAUUAUUAUUAUUAUUAUUAUUAUUUAGACCAAGGCUGAAUACGAGACACUUGCGGGGGAUAACAAAUGUGCAAAGUAUUACGUUGACAGUUCUCCAGGUUUGUGACAGAAUUUGAGCUCCAUGCAUAUAUCAUGCAUCUGGGGCGAGAAAUUGAAUCCAACAAGUGAAGACAAUAAACGAUGCUGACGCAUUCAUUUCAUAUUAAAUUUGUUAUUUUUCUAGUUCUCUAUCGCUGUUUACCAACCACACUGGGUUUGAACAACAUAAGCGACACUAAUGAUUUGAAAAAAAAGCUGAACGAAGGAAUUUCGUAAGUCUCCUCGUAGAACUAUCCAGCAUUGUAGUAACACAGGAUUUUUAAUCAAAAGUCUUCACAUACAUACUAAUACCACACGCUCACUUUAAAGGCACAGUUCGGCCUUUUGAAUGAUGGUUUUUAAGGAACAGUUCAGCCUUUUGAUUAAGACACAUUUCAGCCCUUUUACAGUAAUAGACAAUUCCCAUUAUAGACUAAUUUUAAAACUUGGCAAGGAGACUCAAAUAAAUCACCACAGCUAGAAAGAGCAUACUAAAAAUAGUAAAAUUGCAAAAUUUGGUUGCGAAAUGUUGUAAAAUGUGGAAAAUAUAGCCUUGUAAAGUUCGCAAAUUUUGUAUACUUUUGUAUUGCGUGCGGAAAUUCCUACCACAUUUAGGCCGAAAAUGUCGCACGCGAUACAAAAGUAUACAAAAUUUGCGAACUUUGCAAAUAUAUAGCCAUAUUUCCCGCAUUUUAUAACAUUUCGCAACCAAACUUUGCAAUUUUACUCAUUUUAGUAUGCUAUUUCUAGCUGUGGUAAUUUAUUUGCAUCUCCUUGCCUAGUUUUAAAAUUAGUCUAUAAUGGGAAUUGUCUAUUGAAAAAAUUAACUAGGAAAAUCAAUUAUGUAUAAUUCAAUAUCAAUAAACUCAAUGUUUUUAACAAUAAAAAUGUUUUAAAAUGUAAAAAACAUUAGGUUUUCUGAUCUUCAAUUAUGCUUAAUUGAUUUUCCUAUAGUUAGUUUUUUCAAUUAAAAUGGCUGAAAUGCGCCUUAAAAACCAUCAUUCAAAAGGCUGAACUGUGUCUUUAAUUUAACUUUCUUAUUACAGAGGCCUCGGAGCUUUAAUGAAUGCAAAGAGCAUUGGUGUAAAGGUACGGUCAUAAAACUCUUCAGUUAGGCUUUUGACCAAUUUCUUGCACUUAGGCUUUUGACCAAACAUAGACUCGUUGUCCAUUGAUAUAUACUUGCCCGACGACCCUUCUCUCAAUUCUAUUUGUUUUCCACCAAAUACAACAUGAAUACAGUAUAUAUAAUGAAAAGAAUUAAUGGGCCGGACCAUUAGAAAAGUGAUAGGAGGGGGGGGGGAGCAAAAAUAAAAAUCGAGCAGGGAAAACAGAAAGAAAAAGAGACUUUUCAAUGGGGAAAAUUCUAAGUUAAAAUAAAAAAAAAGGAUUAUAUUUAAAUCGACACAAGCAAAAAAUUAAAAAAAGUAUUCGUACAAGUUGAAAAAGUCUUCCCCCCCCCAUCACUUUUCUAAUGGUCCGUUCCUAACAUGAUUUUCUCACUCUGAUAACUGCAGGUUGUUGACACCAUCUGUUGUACGAUAGUGCUUAGUCUAACCUACUUUUAAUAAAAUAUUAAGAGGCAAUUUUUUUCAAUGUCACGUAUUUGCGAUGAAAAGUAUUCAAAAACCUAAACUCUUUUUGGCGUUCCUUUCAAAAUUACUUUGUUUUACCUUUAUUCUCUAGUUUAUACAGUUAGCUACCUUUUUAAAUGCAUCCGCCAGUUGAGAAACAUAAAAUAAUAGUUAAAAAUUGUCAAUUAAAAUACAAUUAUCAAUGAUGCUUUAAAAUUGACGCCAUAUUUUCAGUCAUAUAAGCAAAACUUACUGAAAUUCAGACAUCAUUUUCUCUUUGGCGUAUCAUCUAAAAUCUCUUCAUUUUAGCAUUAUUUUCCAGAUAAAGCACUAAACAUACUUUCUAAGUUUGUUUGCCGAUUGAGAAACGUAUCGAAAAAUAAAAAUUUUGAAUUUAGUCGUAACCUCGAGUGAGAUAUUAUACGCAUUAGUUUUGAGCUCGUGUUACGUAACAUACAAAAAAAUCUCCUCUUAAAGUAAAUUUAAUUUGGUUAUUUUAGAUUUUUGAGGACUUGAAAAUGGUGUGGUACUGGAUACUUGGGUAAAUAAAUAUGACAUAUGUCGAAAAUUUUAUUUAUCAAAAAACCUGGCCGCAUGUCUGUUUUACGAGUGUGUAUAUUUUGUGUGACGAAAACGUGAUAAUGAAUUAAUGUUCUUUUUAUUUUAGCGCGUUUAUUUUGUCCAUGAUUUUGUCACUGAUUUGGAUUAUCAUUACGCGGUAAGCGUGUUUCGUGUUUGAGUAGCUCUGCUUGGUGCCCGAGAAAACCCUGCUUCCUAAAGGUCCACACAGACCGAACGCGAUUCGGCAACGCGACGCGAAUUUUCAGUUUUCAAAAACAAAUAAAACCGUCAACGGAUAAAAAUUUUACAAGAUAUGCAGACCAAAUAACUAAAAUUGCUUAAGUGGUUCCAAAUAUUUGAAAAACAUUGAAAAAUAUUGAAGUUAAAUGUCAUUGAAAGCUGAAAAUUCGCGUCGCGUUGCCAAAUCACGUCCAGUCUGUGUAUGGGCCUUAUGUUUUGCAUACGGAACGUAAGCCCGGAUGAAACGAGAACGAGAGUUAAUGCGAGUUGGCAGUCAUGCGACCUUUGUUAGCUGUUCUUAAUGCUUUCCCAACACCAUCAUGUAUUCUAUUUAAGUUAAAACAUAGUUGGAAACUUGGAACACUCAUCAAAUCUUUGUUUUAUUAAUCUAGAGCUUAAAAUGUCCCCUGUAACACUGCAUGACUGGCAACUCUCAUCAACUCUCAACUUCGUUUGACCGGGGCUUUGGUAUAGCCCUAGUUAUCGGAAUGUUCCGUUGUUCUUUCAUUGUUUUGAGAAUUCCCCUUGCUUGAAACACUAAAUUGAGUGAUUUAGUAAUUUUAAUGAAUAUAUAUUUUGCAGAUGGAUAGCCUGGCCGAUGGUGUGGUUCUCUAUUUUAGCGUCUCUGGUACUUCUGAUUGUUGGUAAGUGGGAAAGAAAUCUUCACUCUUCAGUUUAAGAAUCCAUUUCAUGACAUGACUAUAGAGACCAUUUUACAACAGAUGGUAAAAUAAUGGGCGCGUUUAACGGCCCUAUA